AGCUGCAUGCUAAGAAGCGCUGACAUCUUAUCCUAAACCUGGGAAACCUUAACUUAACAAAGCUGCAAAAGUUUAUGCUAAUCCUAUGUUUGAAACUGGAGUUUUUUAUUCCCUCAACUUGUUGUCUGUUAAAUCUAAGGUUGAUGAAGAACUGAAUAAUUUAUGAACUAUCAUCCAGCUCAGCAGGAUCAGGGGACGGGUCCUCAGUUGAGUGUUCCACAACCGUUAGGUCAACAACCCAUCAUGGAUCCUAACUACCUGCCGACAAUGUACUACGCCACGUCAGCUCUGAACUCGCCUCCAGCUAUGUCCGCUUUUCCGUUCAUCAACAACAAUUACGACAACAUCGGCCCACUGGGUGGAACUUGGUCUAACGGGGCUUUCGACGGUCAGUACAACCAGCUGCCAACCUCGCAACCGCUUCAUGACUUCAGAGAUUUCAACAGCGAGCACGGGUAUCCGGCCUCUCCAACUCUAACAUCUACUUCAUCGCUAUACCAACCGAACUUACCGGUCUAUUUCUCACCUAAUAAUACCAAUGAUUAUUGGACUACAGCUGGGUUGCCCCCUAUGCAAGGUUUUAACUCCUUUAAUUCCUUUCCGAACGCCGGACAUUACCCGAUUAAUCAGGAGAAAAGUAAACCUCUGCAAUCGACUGCUUCUGAAUUAGAUCAGGUUACCGAAUCUUUCAGUAAUUUAAAACCAACUGAUAACGCAGAGCCGGCCCCUGCACCUGCUCCUGUUGAGACUGGACCUAAAUCUUGGGCAGCGAUAGCUAGUCAGCCUGCUAAGCCUAAACCCAAGCCAGAACCUGCACCCACUGGUUUUGCUAUGAAACCAGGACCUGGAGGGCCAGGGCAGACCCGUAUGAGAGGUGGGGUUCGGUGGAGUCAAACUCGUGGCACAUUCAAUCAGGGACCUGAAUAUCCCAACAUCAUUGACACGAGACCGCCGCCUCCUCCAGCAGUUCUCGAGAAACUCAGAUCAGAAAAUCAGUAUAAUCCCCGGGAACUUACGUUGGACUUGAAAAAUGCUCGGUAUUUUGUAAUAAAAUCUUAUUCUGAAGACGACAUUCAUCGGUCAAUUAAGUACAACAUAUGGACAAGUACUGAACACGGUAACAAGAGGUUGAAUGAAGCGUGGAAUGACUCUAACAAAAAGGGGCCUAUCUAUCUGGUGUACAGUGUAAACGGGAGCGGCCAUUUUUGUGGUGUUGCUGAAAUGAACUCUGGGGUAGAUACCAACAUAUGUACCGGGGUCUGGUCUCAAGACAAAUGGAAGGGUAAAUUUGACGUGAAAUGGGUUUAUGUGAAGGACGUUCCGAACAACCAGCUUCGUCAUAUAAAACUUGAGAACAACGAUAACAAGCCUGUUACAAACUCUAGGGACACUCAAGAGGUUCCCAGAGACAAGGGAAUGCAACUCAUGCGCAUAAUUCAUGACUACAAACACUCUACUUCUAUUUUCGAUGAUUUCGGGCAUUAUGAAAAAAGGCAGGAUGAAGACAAUGCUCGGAAGGGAUCUGAUCGAAAGACCUGGACGAAUAGUGGGGACAGUAAGGACUCUGACGCCCACGUGCGCGCGUCUGACGCCCACGUGCGCGCGUCUGAUGUGCCCAAAACUAAAAAUUGAUUUUGUGAUUAUCUUCUCUGUACUUGGAUAUCUAUAUCAAUAUGUGUUAUCCUCUAUUGUUACUAUAUAGUCCACCGCGAUAGAGUAAGAAUCUUCAAAACAUCUAUGUGCUGAUUUUUCGAAACGGCUGUAUUCAUUGUUUUAAAGAUUUUUGGUCGACCUCGCAAUUUAAAAGGCCUUAUUCCUUUACUAAAUUAAGCACAAUCAUUCCGUUUUUCUUGUGUUAA